AUGAACUUUUUUGUUAGCUUGCUUAUUGCUGCCUUUGCGGCCACAGUAUCGGCUGUGUAUUACCCUCCACUGGCCCCAACAGGUGUGGAGGUGUCACAUUUCGCUUAUCAAUUGAAAAGUUUCCGACAAGAGCUGGACGAGUGUGCAGAAUAUUUGCAAGUCUCUCCGGAAUCGGUCACGAACCUUGUGGCCAAUAACUAUGUCACGGAGGAUCCCACCUUGAAGUGUUUGAUUCGAUGCGUGGGUAUCAACGCUGGGUGGUGGAGCGUUGGAGGAAACAGCUCGGGACUGCACCCACCUGUAGUUGAAAGCUACUUUGCACCAGCUUGCGACGACACUUGUUAUGAAAGACGUACCCGGGAAUGUCUCAGUGAAAAUGUAGUCAAGUGUAACGACGAUUGCUCUCAGGCGUAUCAAUCAUUCUUGUGCUACUACCAUCAAUAUGGUAAUCUCAAGAGCUCCGAAGAAUACAUUCCACUGGCGGAGUUGGAUUCCAUUCAAGCCGCCGUUGAUUGCUUGCUGGUUUUACGCACACCAAAGGAACUGCUUGAGCAAUAUGCACAGGGAGUUGUCCCAGCCGUCCCUGAAACUCAGUGCGUGUACCGUUGCAUGUAUCUUGCUGAAGGACUUUACGACGGGUUCGCUUUCAACUUGUCGCGAGCGUACAUUAGAGAAUUUGCAGUUCCAUCACCGCAGCUCAAGGCGCCAUGUACUCAACAAUGUGUGGAUAAGGCCUUGACGGCCCCGAGCUGCAAUGAAUGCGCUCGAUUCUGGGCAGCCCGUUCCUGUCUUGUUAAAUAUGGCGUGCCGAACCAUACCGGAAAUGAAUUACGAGUGGCCGCUGGACUUGUACUUGCUCAAAGAACAUGCAACGAUGAAGACUUUCACCCUCGUUACAAUGCGGGUGCAUCGCAUCCAGCACCAUCUCCAGCACCAUCUCCAGUGACACAUCCAACGCCAGCUAGGGCUCCCCAUCACCCUGCUCCAUCCGGUUGCGUGUAUAACUGCGGACAUUAGAUUUUAGGGGUUUCAUUCACUUCACAGAGCUGAAAGGACUAUAAUGAUGCAACACGUCACAAAUCAUAGACGAUAAAAUAUGUUAUCAAUGACGGAGUGAGUUUUAAUAAAUUAUUUAUAUGAAGUUAUACAAAAUUAUGUUUUUCAAAACUCAAAUCUUGUGGAUUGGUAGGAAUCUUUUCAUUGAA